GGUGUUCAAACCGGGUAGCAGGGUCCUGUCUGGGUGAGAUCAUGCAAACGAUGGGGCGGAGACAUGCAAAUAACGGAAAUCCCGUCCUUAACUCGACGGUUAGCCUCUGAUUCACACAUUUACACCUGCAGCGGUGGCGCGAGCUGACACCUGCGAGACUGCACGCAGAGAGGAGGGUGAAAGUGCAUCCAGGAAGGUGAAGAUUCUUGGAGCCCCGGGCAGGGAGCGGAGAAGAGAAACAAAAUCUCCAAGUACACGGAAGACUGUUGAACCCGAACCGGAGCAUUACACCAGGUUCUCAGUUUAUUAGCCUUCCCCCCUCUUCUAUCCCCCUCCUGGAGAAUCGGUAUGUGGGAAAUUGGGGUGAGAGUACCAGGUUUUAGAACAAAGCCUCAGAGGCACUCCUGCCCAGGAUGUUCAGGUGGUUGAAAUCAGAACUCAGACGGGGUUGGGGUAGGGGACUGUCUCGAUACUUACCAGGUUGUCCCAGAAAGCGCGUCAUGAAGAUGCGGGACUUGAGUAAUAUCUCUAUGCUCCUCUCCCAGGACCAACUGUGGGAGUGUGUGUCCUCCCGCCGCCGGGAUCAAGGACAGCAUGCUUCCAACAAGUCUCAAGACAUUGGUGCUCCUGGGCGCUCUGUUGACUGGACCCCUGGGUCCAGCAGGUGGCCAGGAUGCACCCUCACUGCCCUGGGAAGUGCAGCGCUACGACGGCUGGUUUAAUAAUCUCAAGUACCACCAGCGCGGUGCAGCUGGCUCGCAGCUGCGUCGCCUAGUACCUGCUAAUUACGCUGACGGUGUUUAUCAGGCUCUGCAGGAGCCGCUACUCCCCAACGCUCGCCUGCUAAGCGACGCUGUCAGUAAGGGCAAAGCAGGGCUGCCCUCGGCGCACAACCGCACAGUGCUUGGGCUCUUCUUUGGCUAUCACGUGCUCUCAGACCUGGUGAGUGUGGAAACACCAGGCUGCCCCGCAGAGUUCCUCAACAUUUACAUCCCACGUGGGGACCCAGUGUUUGACCCUGACAAGCGCGGGAACGUGGUGCUGCCCUUUCAGAGGAGCCGCUGGGACCGCAGCACUGGACAGAGCCCUAGCAACCCCCGAGACCUGACCAACCAGGUGACUGGCUGGCUAGAUGGCAGCGCCAUCUAUGGCUCCUCUCAUUCCUGGAGCGACACUCUGAGGAGCUUCUCUGGAGGACAGCUGGCUUCUGGCCCUGACCCUGCUUUCCCGAGGAACUCCCAGAACUCUCUGCUCAUGUGGAUGGCACCAGACCCCGCCACGGGGCAGGGCGGGCCACAGGGGCUGUAUGCCUUCGGGGCCCAGCGCGGGAACAGGGAGCCCUUUCUGCAGGCACUGGGCUUGUUGUGGUUUCGAUACCACAACCUGUGUGCCAAGAGGCUGGCGCAGGAGCACCCACACUGGGGGGAUGAGGAGCUGUUCCAGCAUGCUCGCAAGAGGGUCAUUGCCACUUACCAGAACAUUGCUCUAUACCAAUGGUUGCCCAGCUUCCUGCAGAAAACACCCCCAGAGUAUUCCGGGUACCGCCCUUUCAUGGACCCCAGCAUCUCCCCAGAGUUCGUGGCGGCCUCAGAGCAGUUCCUCUCUACCAUGGUGCCCCCGGGGGUCUAUAUGAGAAACUCCAGCUGUCACUUCCGGGAAUUCCCAAAGGAAGGUUCCAGCAGCUCUCCAGCUCUCAGGGUCUGCAACAACUACUGGAUUCGGGAGAACCCCAGUCUGAAGACUGCUCAGGACGUGGACCAGCUGCUGCUGGGAAUGGCUUCCCAGAUUUCAGAGCUGGAGGACAGGAUAGUGAUUGAAGAUCUGAGAGAUUACUGGCCUGGCCCAGACAGAUACUCUCGCACAGACUACGUGGCUAGCAGUAUCCAGAGUGGCCGAGAUAUGGGGCUGCCCAGUUAUAGCCAGGCUCUGCAGGCCUUAGGACUGGAGCCUCCCAAGAAUUGGAGUGCUCUCAACCCCAAAGUGGAUCCCCAGGUGCUGGAGGCCACAGCUGCUCUGUACAACCAGGACCUGUCCCGGUUGGAACUAUUCCUGGGAGGGCUCCUGGAGAGCCAUGGGGACCCUGGACCUCUAUUCAGCAACAUCAUUCUUGACCAGUUUGUAAGGCUCCGGGAUGGUGAUCGCUACUGGUUUGAGAACACUAGGAACGGGCUGUUCUCCAAGGAGGAGAUUGCAGAAAUCAGAAACACCACCUUGCGGGAUGUACUGGUAGCUGUCUCCAAUGUGGACCCCAGUGCCUUGCAGCCCAAUGUUUUCUUCUGGCAAGAAGGUGCACCCUGCCCACAGCCUCAGCAACUCACAACUGAAGGCUUGCCCCAGUGUGUGCCUGUUACUGUGAUUGACUACUUUGAGGGCAGUGGUGCUGGCUAUGGUGUCACCCUCCUGGCUGUCUGCUGCUUUCCAGUAGUGAGUCUGAUUAUUGCUUGGGUGGUGGCUCGUUUCCGGAACCGAGAACGCAAGAUGCUACUAAAGAAAGGCAAGGAGAGUCUAAAGAAACAGACAGCCAGUGAUGGAGUACCAGCGAUGGAGUGGCCAGGCCCCAAGGAGAGCAGCUACCCAGUCACUGUCCAGCUGCUUCCAGACAGGAGUCUGAAGGUCCUUGACAAAAGGCUCACUGUGCUCCGUACCAUCCAACUGCAGCCCACACAGCAGGUCAACCUCAUCCUGUCCAGCAGCCAUGGACGCCGCACCCUGUUGCUCAAGAUCCCCAAGGAGUACGACCUGGUGCUGAUGUUUAACUCUGAAGAGGACCGGGAUGCCUUCGUGCAGCUGUUGCAAGACCUCUGCGUCUGCUCCACUCCCGGCCUCCGCAUAGCUGAGAUGGAUGAGAAGGAGCUACUGAGAAAGGCUGUGACCAAGCAGCAGCGGGCAGGCAUCUUGGAGAUCUUCUUCAGACAGCUUUUUGCUCAGGUGCUGGACAUCAAUCAGGCCGACGCAGGGACUCUGCCUCUGGACUCAUCCCAGCAAGUACGAGAGGCUCUGACCUGUGAACUGAGCAGAGCGGAGUUUGCGGACUCCCUGGGCCUCAAGCCCCAGGAUAUGUUUGUGGAGUCCAUGUUUUCUCUGGCCGACAAGGAUGGCAAUGGCUACAUAUCCUUCCGGGAGUUCCUGGACAUCCUGGUGGUUUUCAUGAAAGGUUCCCCACAGGACAAGUCUCGCCUAAUGUUUACCAUGUAUGACCUGGAUGGAAAUGGCUUUCUCUCCAAGGAGGAAUUCUUCACCAUGAUGCGGUCCUUCAUCGAGAUCUCCAACAACUGCCUGUCCAAGGACCAGCUGGCUGAGGUGGUGGAAUCCAUGUUCCGGGAGUCGGGCUUCCAGGAUAAGGAGGAGCUGACCUGGGAGGACUUCCAUUUCAUGCUGCGCGACCACGACAGCGAUCUCCGAUUCACACAGCUCUGUGUCAAAGGUGGGGCUGGAGGCACCGGGGACAUCUUUAAGCAAAGCAAUGCCUGUCGAGUCUCAUUCCUCACCCGGACUCCUGGGAACAGGUUUGUGGCAUGGGAGGGACUGGGGUCUCCUAGGCCAGAAAUCCCAGAGCUGAGAAGUGCUGGCCUAAAGAAGAGGUUUGGCAAAAGGAGAGUAUUUCCUACUCCCCGGCUGUACACGGAAGCACUGCAGGAGAAAAUGCAGAGGGGCUUCCUAGCCCAGAAGCUCAAGCAGUUCAAGCGGUUUGUGGAAAACUACCGGCGCCACAUCGUGUGUGUUACAAUCUUCUCAGCCAUCUGCGCAGGCCUGUUUGCAGACCGUGCCUACUACUAUGGCUUUGCCUCGCCACCCACGGACAUUGAAGAAACCACCUAUGUGGGCAUCAUCCUGUCCCGGGGCACAGCAGCCAGCAUCUCCUUCAUGUUCUCCUACAUCCUGCUCACCAUGUGCCGCAACCUCAUCACCUUCCUGCGGGAGACCUUCCUCAACCGCUACAUUCCCUUUGAUGCUGCUGUGGACUUCCACCGCUGGAUCGCCAUGGCUGCAGUUGUCCUAGCUGUUGUGCACAGUCUUGGACAUGCAGUCAACGUGUACAUCUUCUCAGUCAGUCCCCUCAGCCUGAUGACCUGCGUCUUCCCUAGUGUCUUUGUGAAUGAUGGGUCCAAGCUUCCCCCAAAGUACUACUGGUGGUUCUUCGAGACAGUUCCAGGUAUGACAGGAGUACUCCUGCUCCUGGUCCUGGCUAUCAUGUAUGUGUUUGCCUCCCACCACUUCCGCCGCCACAGUUUCCGGGGCUUCUGGUUGACCCACCACCUCUAUGUUGUGCUUUAUGCCCUGAUCAUCAUCCAUGGCAGCUAUGCCCUCAUCCAAUUACCCAGCUUCCACAUCUACUUCCUGGUCCCCGCCAUUAUCUAUGUGGGGGACAAGCUGGUGAGCCUGAGCCGGAAGAAGGUGGAGAUCAGUGUGGUGAAGGCUGAGCUGCUGCCUUCAGGGGUGACCUAUCUGCAGUUCCAGCGGCCCAAGACUUUUGAGUACAAAUCCGGGCAGUGGGUGCGGAUCGCUUGCUUGAGUCUGGGAACCAAUGAGUACCACCCCUUCACGCUGACCUCCGCACCCCAUGAGGACACACUCAGCCUGCACAUCCGGGCUGUGGGACCUUGGACUACUCGCCUCAGGGAGAUCUACUCACCUCCAGUGGGUGGCACCAGCGCCAGAUACCCAAAGCUGUACCUCGAUGGACCAUUCGGAGAGGGCCACCAGGAAUGGCACAAGUUUGAGGUGUCGGUGCUGGUAGGAGGGGGCAUUGGGGUCACCCCCUUUGCCUCCAUCCUCAAAGACCUGGUCUUCAAAUCGUCCAUGGGUGCCCAGAUGCUAUGUAAGAAGAUCUACUUCAUCUGGGUGACAAGGACUCAGCGGCAGUUUGAGUGGCUGGCUGACAUCAUCCGGGAAGUGGAGGAGAAUGACAGCCGGGACCUGGUGUCUGUGCACAUCUAUAUCACUCAGCUGGCUGAGAAGUUUGACCUCAGGACGACCAUGCUGUACAUCUGUGAGAGGCACUUCCAGAAGGUGCUGAACAGGAGUCUGUUCACGGGCCUGCGCUCUGUCACCCACUUUGGUCGCCCUCCCUUUGAGCUCUUCUUAGACUCUCUGCAGGAGGUUCAUCCACAGGUACAUAAGAUUGGUGUGUUCAGCUGUGGUCCUCCAGGGAUGACCAAGAAUGUGGAGAAGGCCUGUCAGCUCAUCAACAGGCAGGACCGGGCCCACUUUGUGCAUCAUUAUGAGAACUUCUGAGCCUGCCCUCCUGGAUCCCUGUCCGGUCUGCUGCCCUCUAUCUUCUGUUACCGUCACUUGAGACCACAGUCAGGGAACUGGAGCCCCUCCCCUCAUAGCAUCUAUGUUCUGGGCAGGUAGACAAGGUCAGUCCAAUACCUACCUCAUGACAUAGCAAGUUAUGGGAUGUCCAGCAAGGAAAGGAAAACCCCUAUUUCUGACAACUGUGGAUGGGAACAGAACACUGGGGGUCGCCUCUGACAGGUCUAUGUUUCUGUUUUGCCUUCACAAAACUGCUGUGGGUUUUUCUUGGGGGGGGGAAUCAUUUGAGGAAAGCAGGACAAUCUCCUCUGAGUUUGUCUCAGAAACCACAUACCAAAAACCUGCACAGCCCACCUGCCUCAACUCGGGCUCUGGGUGCCCCCUGCCCCAGCCUCUGCCCUGCACCUUCCUGCUCUGAGAGGGCCACAGAGCCAGAGAACAGAUGCCCUGAGUUCCCAAUGUCAUCCAUGCUGUGACCCUUCAGUGAAUCCUCCUGUGAGCAUGAAGGUGUUCCCUGGGCCCCAAGGUCAAGACAGCAAUGGUCUCUCUUCCACACACUCCAAACCCCUCAACUCCUUUUCCCCAGAGGAGGCAAGACAGCUUUCUUCGGUUGUGCAGUGCCGUAAGGGAAUCGGCUGCCCAAUCGCAGCACAGAGAGAUGUCACCUCGACCUGUGAAGACCCCUUUCCUUCCUUCCCUGGAAUUUUACUAAAAAGCUGAGCUGUAACAUAUGUAUAUUUGCAUAAAGUGUAUAAAUCUUACAGUAGCUACCAUCCUAGUCAAGAUGGAAAACAUUUCCACAUUCCCGUGGCCCCAGAAGCUUCUCCUUCACGUAAACACAACCACUAUCGUGACUUGUGUCACUGCGGUUUGGGUCAUAUGGAAUGCACUUUCGAUCUUGGCCUCCUUCUCAUCCCGUGAUGUUUUUGUGAUUCAUCCAGGCCAUUGUGUCUGUUGGACGUUUGUUCCUUUUCAUUGCUGAGAAGCCUUCCAUUACAGAGAUGAAUCUGUUUGUUUAGUCAUUCUGCUGGUAGGCAGCUGGGUUUGUUUCUGGGCUUGGCUGAUUGUAAAUAAAGUUGCUAUAAACAUU